AUGGAAGCGCCAUUAUUGACGAAAGUCGGAGAAGUUUUUGAAGUGGAAAAGCUGAGUGCUCAACAAGAAAAGGCAAUUAGUAGUCUUUUAGAUAAUCGGGAUGUGUUCCUCUCCCUGAGAACUGGUGGUGGAAAAUCACUCUGUUACAUAGCAUUUCCUUUGUUUUACGAGCGUAUGUACCAACCACAACUUGCACACGUACUUAUUGUUAGUCCCCUCCUUGCUAGUAUGAAGGAACAGACUGAAUUUUUGAAAUCAAAAGGAUUUACAGCAACCUACAUUGGUAAAGAUGCAAACGAGGACGAUGGGAUCCUUGCUAGUGAAUACCAAUUUAUCUUCACUUCACAGAAUGACAAAUGGCGGAAUAUGUUGUCAUCAUCCAAGUCCUUCCGAUUAUUUGUUGUUGAUGAAGCCCAUACUGUUGUUCAUUGGGGAGAAAGUACAAUCCAUAUCCAGGCUUUCAGGGAAUGGUUUUCACGGACCGGGGAGAUAAGAUCGUUGAUCAGUUGUCCUGCCCUAGUGAUCACAGUCACUGCUAGUAAGGAAGCAAGAAAAUUAAUUAGGAAACGACUUUCUCUAAACAACUGUGUAGACAUUAUUGACAGUCCAGAUAGGGAAAACAUAAAAUUAUUUCUGGAAAAGAUUAAAAACACUGUGCCUAUUGAAGUGACAUUUGGUUGGUUACUAAAGGACUUGUCUCUUGAGAAAAAGGACUGUACCAGAACACUUGUAUUUUGUUCAAUUAUAAACACUUGUGCAGACAUAUAUACUGCAUUUCUGAUGGUGUUGGACAAGUCUGUUAUGGAAUAUGUCAAUAUGUUUCAUUCUUGUACAUCUGAAACAGUGAAGGAAAAAAUUAGACAGGACAUGAAUGAUGAGAAUGGGACAAUACGAGUCUUAAUUGCUACAAGUGCAGCAGGUAUGGGGGUGAAUUAUAAAGGCAUCAACAAUGUUGUACAUUAUGGUCCACCUAAAGAUAUGGACAGUUUCGUUCAACAGCUUGGGCGUGCUGGUCGUGAUGGUUGUCAAGCUUUACAUCUGCUUAUUUACAACAGCAGACACACACACACAAACUUGAUUAUGACAUGAAAAAUUACAUUGAGAAUAAAGAUAAAUGCCGUAGACUUCAAAUGUUACAGUCAUACGAUUAUCUUCCAAUUGGAAAAGGUAUCAAGCAUCUGUGUUGUGAUAUUUGCUCACAGAAAUGUGAUUGUGAAGACAAGUAUUGUUUACAGUUUCAGCACCCAUUUCAUUUAUACAAAACUGAUGAUGAUUCAAGUGAUGAAAGUUUUUGUAUGUCAGAUGACACAGAUUUUGAGUUUGAUGAUGAGGAUGAUGAUACAUUUGAUAUAAUGUAGAAAUGAAUUUCAUUUUUGAAAAAGCAAUGCUUCCUACUGACAUGCUUCUUUAAGCAUUAUACCAUUCAUGAAUGCCGGUUUGACAUGUUUGAAGCAUUGCAGUUCAUACCCUCAUGUAAUUUCAAAAAUGAAAUUUAUUUUUUAUGUAUUGUAAUUAAAUUUCUGUCAAAAUUCUCAGUCAUUGAAAUAGACAUACCAGGUAAUUAUUAUCUAUCAAGAUUUGUAUGUGCAAUGUUCACAACUUCAAUACAUUCUAGAGGAAAUGGCUGUCAUUGUAAUUUGUAUAUAUCCAAGAUAAAAGCAUUUCAUGUCAUGUAGCUACUUGUGUCAAGUUUUUUUUUGGUUAAGGUUUUGGUAUCAAGGGACUGAGACAUUUGCUUGAAGUAGGGAAUUUAACAGAAUCAUACCAAAAAAAGAGAAUAGCUUCAAUUUCAAAAAAAGUUACAAAGUUAGAAAAUCCAUCUGGAUUUAUAAUAAUACGUCUCAUGAAAUUGACUAAGUUCUUUUAACAAAAAAAUAUGCCUCUUGAAAAGUCUAAGUCUCUGA